AUGCCACAUCAAGAAAAAGACGAAUUUACGCUCUACGAUAGUACUCUAAUACAUAGAUCUAUUGCUAUCGCUUUAUUUGUCGUUAGUACUAUUGAUGGUUCGUUAUUGCCGUCGGUUCCUAGUAUUACCAAACCAAAAGUAACUCAUGAACAAUGUGCAACUGCUUGUGGUGGUGGUGUUAAAAGUAUGGAAACAUUUUGUCCUUUAAUACUAAACCCCGUUACAUUUGCAUUAUGUAUGUCAUUUACACAUCUUGGUGGUGACAAAGAAAGUAUUAAGUUGUGUACACAGUUUUGUACUUCGCAUUUUUAA